CUGCAAACACACGCAGCCUCCUCACAGCCUCUCCUAUCGCUGUCAUCGGGGACAAAACCCAUCAGUAACCCCUCUCACACCUGGAUCUAUCUCUCUAAACCGUUUAUUUUCACCUGAUGUGAGAGAGUGUUUAGCAGGAAGCAGCGAUGUGCGCGUUUGGAGUGAUCUUGAGGAGUUUACAUUGUGUGGGACUCUACAUCCAACUUAGUGCCAGUGUCAGACAAGCGGAAAGAGACGAGGUAGAGAACCACAUAUUCAGCAACGCUGUCUUCACAGAGGUCCCUCAUGACAUCACGGCACAGCGUGGACAGGAUGUGGAGAUGGCGUGCUCGUUCCGGGGGGCGGGCUCACCAUCCUAUUCACUGGAGAUACAGUGGUGGUACAUCAGGAACCACAAAGAAUGGAUGGACAAGCAGACGUGGACCACCAAUCAGGUGGUGCCCCAGAAUGAGAUGUCGAAGGACGCCACCAAAAUCAGUGUGGUGAAGGUUGCCGGUAGCAACAUCUCCCACAAGCUGCGUCUGUCCAAUGUGAAGCCGUCAGACGAGGGCACGUACGAAUGCCGCGUCAUCGACUUUAGCGACAGUCAACUGCGCCACCAUCACGUGCGGGCAUACCUGCAGGUGGAGCAGGGCGAGGGGAACGUGGCUUCUCCAUCCCAGCAGGGGGCAGCAUCACAAGAGGAACUUCUGCAGUCCGAGCACAACAAGCACCAGCCAGUGCACCACGCCCACCAUAAACCCGGCCGAGAGCUCAGGAAGAGGUCCGCUGAUGAUAGUACCACUGACUGCACAGAAAGCUGUGCACUUUAAAUUCCUCAGCUUAGUUCCAACUCGACCCCGACACCCCAAACCCUCAAUUCCUUAAGCCAAGAGCCCUAAAUUUUAAAGUGAUAGUUCAGAUAAAAAUGAAAAUCGUUUACUCACCCUCAUGCUGUUCCAAACCAAUGUGACUUUUGGAAUUUUGAAAAAUGUUCACACCGCUCUUUUCCAAAAAUAUUGUGUAGCUUCAGGAGACUUGAAAUGUAGUGCACAAGUCGUAUGGAAUUCUUUAAUAAAAUUUUAAUUGUUUUUAUGUUUUUUUUUUGUUUUUUGUUCUCUGUCACUUGAUUGU